AUUCCUCCCAAAUCCCUGCUAUCCCUAGUCUUGAUUCCCUCUGAUUCUUCUCCAAUUUAUAUCAAUACUCUUGUUAUUCAGAUUUGGAGGUCUAGGACUAUAACAAUUGGUAAUCCGAGCCUUGUUCUUCUCUACCCAUUUUUUUCCCCAAUCCCACCUUCCUCUCCACCGGAUCGAGCGCCAUGGCUUCCACGCCUUCCACCGCCACGAACUCUGAGUCUGCCGCCAUCGAUGCCCUUUCCGAGCGAAUGGAUCGGAUGUUAUGGAGGAUGGAGGAGACGCUAGCGCGGAUGAGUAGCGCUCCUGCGACCGUCGCGUCCGCGACCGCGGCACGGGUUCCUUCAUCGACCUCGUCGCUGGCGCCCCCGACUUCGCCCGUGGCGCUUGACGUUUCUGAGACAGGGUCGUCGGCUUCCUCAGCUUUACCAUCUUCGCGGGCAUCCCCAACUCCGCUUGCUGCGCUGGCCACCAACUCGCCCUCGCCGACGGCUUCGACGACCUCCGCCCCGACCACGAUGGCCACGACAUCAGCUGCGUCGCCCACGCCUGCAGCACCCUCGGCCACGUCCACGGCUGUGCCGCCCACGCCGGUAGCGUCCUCGGCCGUGUCCACGACAACUUCGCGGAAGUUCUUCGCCCCGACGCCGGCCACGACCCCUUCAUCAGCGCGCGACACCACCGUGAUGCCAACAACAUGCGUGCCGACGACCGCGUCGACUCCACCCACCACCGCGGUCGCCAUCUCAUUUCGGCUUCCGAUGCCGCCAUUCCUCGCCGCGCAGAAAAAGAUCGCCAAGAGGAUGAGGAGAGAGCAGUGCCUACGCACAGCCGCCUUCGGGGUUGUGGGUGCCACACAGGAGGCGCGCACUUCUGCCGCAGCCAUGCGAUGCCGAGCGGGUGCGUCCGUUCGUCGACUUCGCCGCCCGCGCCACCACGGUUGUCUUCGUCCACGACGAAGAGGGUCUGGAGCGCUUGGUCCUCGAGUUCGAGCAAGACGCCGUCGUCUCUGUCGACAUCGCCGCGGAGAUGGCCGCGGAGAUGGCGUGCUUCGCCUUUGGGUUCGACCGGGACGCGCUCGUCUCCGUCGAUACAGCCAUGGACAUGGCGUACGACGCCCUCAAGCUUUGCAGUUGCGUCGUGCCCGCACGGUCGCCUCCAUGGACACGAACUCCAAGCUGCUGGGUCUACGGCCUCGGCCACGGAGACGUGCUCUGCGUCACGGGCAUCGCCGCUUGCGUCGGCGCCGUCGUCAGAAUCAGAGGAGACGGCGCGCCUCGACGCCAUCGCCUGCUUGCGCAGGCUGUCAGCCUUGCCCGACAAGCUCUAUGGCAUCGCCCUUGAGAUGCACAACGACUCCACCAGCUAGCACUGCGUACCAGGAUACAGGCUCUGUUGUGGAUUGGAGCACACAAGCUAUUCUCUCCAGGAAUGCCCCGAAGGUGUUCGACGCAAUGCUGAGCCAUCCACUGUUCGUCUUCUGGUUCAGUGCUGCGACAUCUGUUAUGCUGCUCCACGCCGUUGCCACAGACCAGGACGCCACAUAUUCCUCAGUGUCUCUCUGUGCCGAUAAGCCUGCCUCCAUGGAUCAGUCUCGGAAGGCUUAUCUCAAGUAUGGGGAGACAUCUCAGUCAGCUGGACACAAAGUUCUACACCAGGCUGUAUCUGCAUGGUUUCAACUUCAUUCAGAACCAUUUAUCAGGGAGCUCAACUCUGGAAACUACCAAGCCAUUUAUGAAUCUACAUGAGUUAUGGCAGCAAAACCACGUUCACUUGCAGUUUACAGGAUUGCCAUUUCUUUGUAUUUUGAAGUUGAAACCAUGGCCACCACCUACAUGCAUGGGAAAUGAGCUGCUCCAAGUUGACAGAACUUCAGUUUCCCAUUUGCAAAUGGACAGAUCAAUUCUUAGCUUUCGGAGCAAGUUCUCCUUUGAUGCCUUUUGGAGUGUGCAGAUAAUGGGAGGUGUUCUGAAAUUGAAGGCUCAUGGUACUGCCGAACUGGGCGCUGUACUACUCUUGUUACUAUUGAAGGCUGGAGCAAUCCUAAAUAUUUCUGAUGAUCUGGGAAGAUUUCCUAUAGAGUUGGCUGCACUGCGGAGUGCAAGCAGGGAGAGUUGCUGCUGCCCUUGACCUUGUCAAUUUCAACCGUCAGAAACUGGGGUGUUGCUAGAGUAGUCUUUCAUGCAAAAUCUGAAAAUACAAAUCCAUUGGAUCUGAUGCACUGUGAUAGAAGAAGAGCUAUGAUCAAGUCACAGACAGAUCAGGCAUUCAGGGAGUAUGCCAUGGCAUUCAAGUGCUGUACUCUUGACUGGACACCAACUUACUAUCGCCAGGCAGCUCCUCACAUGCUAAUCAAGGAGUACAAGUAUACCCAUAAGCUGCAGGACCUUCCAACCAAACCAACUCAUUCUGUCGGCCAUGCAGGCACAUGGCAUGGAGCAGCCGCAGCCUCCUCCAUGUAAGGGACGGCCAGCGCUGCCUCCACCAACCCGCCCCCUUCCCGACAUGGAGCAGAGGCCUUCCGGAUCUCAUGGAGGCACCUCUGGCGGCGUGCGCCCUCCACUGCCAACGGCGGGUAACCCGGCGAAGAGCCGUCGUCGAACCUUCGUCGAACCUUCGUCGCGCCAGCUCCGCUGCCUAUUGCCAAUCCUUCCAACUCCGUCCUUCCGCGUCGCCAAGAAGUGCCCAACUCCAGCCUUCCUCGUCGCCAAGAAGUGCUCCACUCCGGCCUUCCUCGUCGCCAAGAAGUGCUCUUUCCCGGUGGUGCUCCUCGACACGACCCUCUCACGGCGACCUUCACGGAACCUGCAUCACCACCACCCGGUGCCACCACCUGCUAGGACACUCGCAGCACGUCAUCAUCACCAGCGAUGAUGGGAUACGAGGCCGCCGGUACCUCAGAGCCGAUGUUUGAUUGGACACCGGACUACUCUGCAAAUGAUCCACCGUACUACACAAAUCUCAUGACCCAGGAUGAGGAUGGCAAUUUGGAACUAUCUCAUGACCCAGGAUGAGGAUGGCAAUUUGGAACUAUCGGUGCAGCCGGAUGUCACUCCUAGUAGUGGUGGGAAAGGAGCAUCCAAGCGUGGCAGUAACUACAGUCAGGAAGAAGAUAUCUCCAGAAUCGACAGCAACUACAGUCCGGAUGAUACUGCUCUGAGUAUUGUAAUGCACUGAGUAUUGUUUACAGCUGAUGGCUGCAUAUCUCCAGAAUCCUUUUCUUAUUGUUUUUGUUUCAGUUUAAUAUUGCUUUUGGUCAUAUGAAAUCUUUAUUCAAUAAUUAAAUCUGUACAGAAGAUGAAUUCAAGUGUUCAUAAAAA